AUGCCGCUUCGAUAUGAGCCAUCCCCCCUGAGAGUGAUCUACCUUGAGGACCAGGUUGAUGGUAUCAAGAUCCCGAGCUUCAUUUACGAACUCGCCUCCAACCGACAAAAUCGACACCAGCUUGAAAUCAAGAUGAAGCACUUCGGCCGUAUCACAUUGGCCACACUACUCACCCUACCGGCAGUACUCAGCAGCAAACGCCUUUUGAACGGCUGGUACCCGUGCUCGGAGUUCACCUUCUCGGACGAGGGCAGUGCUGGAGGCUUGAUGGCGGAGUGCACCAUGUACACUGCUCCAGUGUGCUACCCGGGGAUUUGCGACAGCUCGGACGCGUCUGAAUCGACAGUCGACAUCUUUGUCAAGCGCAUGCCAGCGACCGUGGGGGAUCCUGAGACUUCGACCAACGUGUGGGUUCUACAAGGUGGGCCGGGCGAUUCCUCUACUGGAAUGGAGUCAUCGAUGGUGAACUUGCAUAAUCAACUUGGUGGUGCGAUCAACGUGUACACGAUGGACCAUCGCGGCACCGGACGCAGCACGUUUCUCGACUGCGAGGAUGAGAUUCUGGAGCGUGGCAGCCACCCCUUCCGGUUCAAAUACAGAGACCUCGCAUCCUUCUCCAUGACCAGCGCUGCGACCGACAUUGCGACCUUCAUCUCCAAGUUCACCAAUGGAGCGAACACCACUGUGUACGACGUGAGCUACGGGACAGCGUUGCAUAUCAUCAGCUUCCGGAGCGCCCGCCGACAAGUUCAUGUACUUUUCGAUGACGGACGCUCGGGCGAUGGUAUCGUGUACAAGCGUGACCAGUACUGGAACAGGAGCGCUGUCAUUCCUAAGCAGGCCAGUGUGUUGCUGCUCAAUGGCAAGCUGGACCUCUUUACACCCUCAAAAUACGCCGAGAGUCUGCUGGCAGCUCUGGACGGAGACAAGAAAGAGCUAUUCACUAUCGACCACGCGGUGCACGACACUGUCGUUUUUUCGCAACUCGUCGAGGACCUCGCCAACGCUACAGAUACAUGCGGGUUCAAGUUGCUGGUGUCGUUUGUGGAGAAUAAUGGGGACUUGGAGCGCCUGGGCAGGUCUUGUGUGAGUAGGAUGCCUGCGUUCAACAUGACGACGUACGCCAAGUUUCACCACGUCUACCUGAGCACAGAGGACCCGUACGACGGCAAUUACAACUCGAGCCUGCGUCAAAGAUUGUCGGAUCUUCUGUAG